AUGACGUUUGAAACUGCCCGUUACUACAUGAGCGAGGCUAUCAGCGAGGCAAAGAAAGCUCUGCUGGUCGACGAAGUACCUGUGGGCUGCAUAUUCAUGAGAGAUAAUAAAAUCGUAAGCAGAUCUCAUAAUUUGACAAAUAAACUCAACGAUCCGCUUGCACAUGCAGAAAUCGUGGGUAUAAGAUCGGCUGAUUGCACGAAUUGCGAUGUGUACUUGACAUGUGAACCGUGCUUAAUGUGUUUUGGCGUGUUGAAACGGCUGAACUGCAAAAUUUAUUUCGGAUGCUUUAAUCCUACCUUUGGAUGCAGUCUGGUUGAAACAAAUGACAACAUUUUUCUUGAUAACAAAGAAUGUGUUGAUUUGCUGAGGCAGUUCUAUAAAAAUGAGAAUUACAAUGCUCCGAUAGAAAAAAGAAAGAUUAAGACGAAAAGGUAGCAAUAUAUGGUGGUGUAAGCUUUAUUCAUUACAUAUAUUGUUCAUAAAAUUGCAUACUAAAGACCAAAAUACGUUUCUUUUGUCUUUGGUACCGUGUUUUAACAUCUAUGGCCGGAUGUACGUGAAUCAGCACAGAAUGCGGUUCAGAGCAGCAGUGCACGGC